AUGUUUACAGAGUUCGUAGUGCCUGCCAGGAUGAUUACGGAUGCAUCAUGCUCCAAAGGUGCAGCUUGGGUCCAUGAUUCUCCUUUCUUACCACCAAGUACGAUAAUAUGCCCUGAAGUGGGUGCCAAUUCUCUAAAAGUUUGUGCUAUGCGGCAAUUUCUGUCCGACCAGCGCUGCUUAACUGUGGACCAUUUCAACCCGAUUCCCCCGACGCUUGCGGCCGAUCUAUUAAGAUUUCUAAAGCAGAGCAAAUUGUUGACCCUACACUUGUGGAAAAUAUUCGCUACCACUCAUCCGCAGGAGUUAGUAAAGGAAGACAGCGCCUAUAGAUUCAAGCCACUGCUCAUACAAAUGCCAAUGCGCAAGUAUUUCAGCUUAAUAACAUCUGAUUCUUUCUGUUGGCAAACGGUCAUGUCCAUUUCCAUUGACGCUGUGGACCUUGGUGAGCUAGUUGAUAUUUCCAGGAUCUCCAACCUUGUCUAUUUGAGAAUAACGGGGUCCCGGCGAAGGCGGCAGUGGCCCCAAAACACCUUCGUGAAUGAUCGAGUGAUCAAAACCUGGAGUGAAGCCGCGUGUGCGGGCAAAGCGUUCAAAUAUCUUCGUGGUUUGAUCUUAGAUUCUUCAUGUGAUCUCACAAUCAAUGCCUUUCCUUAUCUGGACCGCUUUCCCGCCUUGUCUUUGCUUGUCCUGGAGGGACGCCUACGGGUUGAAGGCAAGGGCCUUCUAGAAGCUGGAGAUCGCCAUGGCUGGCAAGCGAGCACAUUGCCUCAUGGUGAAUUCUCCUUUGAAGAUUUCAAAGCAUCGUGUACCAACGGGGAGGAGCGACAGAAACCAUCGAUCUACUCUAAAAACGAUCUGUCUCUUCCGACAUUACAUUUUCAAAUAGACUGUUCUGGUGACAGCCUUAAUGAAGUGACAAUGAUAUAUCAUUUUCACAGAGAGCCAAAAAUUACUGAUCCCAAGUUGGGAUCUUCCAAGAAGGUUGCUAGAUUGACGAGAACAGAUAAAUUUCCGGGAAUAAGCAAACCCAGGCGGCCGCUCAAGGUCAAGGCUUCCAAAGGAAAAGAUAUAAGUGGCUUGCUCGCGGAUUUCGGAUAG